CCGCUGUUGUUUCAUUGAUGGGCUCGUUUCCCUCGACAGUCAUUACGCGUCCCUCUCUCUCCAAGGAACACAGUCCCCGCUCCGUCCUAAAAGCAUCUGCCUCGUCCACGCGGCGAAUUGUACCCGGGCGCUGAUCGUGUGGGCCGGAAUUAAGAUGGAACACGGUUUCCGGUGGAUACGGUAGGCAGUUUGUGUGCACGGUCCUGACUGUUGAUAAUGUAAGGUGUGAGAGAAUUGGAGGAGCAGACUGAAUGUUGUGUCGCGCUGGAUGAUUGUUUGUUGCCGUGUCCUGAUUUUGCUAAGCUGCAAAGCUACAUGGACCUACAGAAAUUUCUUCGGAUCUCGAAUCUGGAUCAUCAACAAGCAUUUUCCUAAUUCGCAACGCCUUACUGACAAAGUGCGUUGUCGAUAAGUUGAUAGGGAUUUACCCUGGGUAUUGCUCGUGCCGGGAUAACCAGCCCAUCCUUGUUGUCAUUAUCCACCUCCAAACUGGCGGCAUUGACGCCGCGGUACACGGUGACGAACCGGCAUAAUUCUCCUCCGCACCAUCUGCCGGGCCUCAAUGACGCGCUGAAUAAUCGACAACUGAUCACUGUUAUUUUUUCCUAAUGGCCCUAAUCGCCGAAUCCGCAUAGCUCCCGACUGGCACACAGAAAUGUACACAUCCCCAGCCGUGUGUGUACACUAUAAAGCCAACUAAAUCAACAUGCAUUUCCGGUGACGAAGAAUCACACCGUGUAUACGUCGCGACAGCUGUCGUCGGCUAUUGAGUGACACUUGGUUAAUGAUCCAACGUUAACGGUGCUUUUGUCAACUAUUCCCGGUGUAUAUCUACUUCACAGAAAUUAAGGUCUGACCUUGAGUGACAUUUUUUUCUUCCUCUCCUCCAUUUCGCGUAUAUAUCGGGAAUCCUGGUUGAAAAACUGAAAGACCGCCGCACAUCCGCCAUGUCAUCCGGUGUCACCCGUAAGACACCCCGCGGCGCCUGGGUUUCACCGGCCACCGGUAGUCCGCUGCACAGUCCCUUCAGCAAAAUCACCUCCCCGGGCUAUCAUUACACCAGCACCUGGGACACCCCUAGAACGUCCCGAAACAUUUUCGGUGGUGGAUGGUCGACACUAAAAGAGGCGAUUAAAGAAGGAGCCUUUUCCCCGGGGAGGAUCAAGCAGCACCUGGGAAUGGGCGGGUCCAGUCAAGUCAUCGCGGAUGUCCCGUCCGACGGACUGUGGACGGAGUUACACCGCGGGGCACCGGUCAAAACGCAGAUCCCGCAUGAAAAAGAGCAAGUGGAUAAAUUAUUUGGGAUGCAUGUCGGAAUCUGGUUUGCCAUUGGAGAAGCGUUUGCAAAAGGCGGUUUCGGGGAAGUGCGGUAUGGUUACCACAAGUCCAUGUCGGCGAAACGGUUUGCAGUUAAGAUCGAGUCGGUGGGGCAUACCGGGAUGCGGCAUUUAUCCGCCGAGUACAAUAUUUACUCCAUUUUGGGGGAUGCGCCGGGAAUACCGCGAUGUUAUUAUUAUGGAUUGUGCGGUACUGCUCACAACGCAUUGGUAAGUGGUCCCGCGCACAACGCUCUGGUAAUGGAUUUGUUGGGACCGUCACUGGAUGACAUCUUCGAACAGAUGAAACGCAAAUUCACCCUACGUUGUGUGUGUCUUAUUGCACUGCAGUGCUUUGAGCGGUUACAGUAUAUGCACAAUAAAGGUGUCGUCCAUGGAGAUGUCAAGGGAGAAAAUUUCCUUACCGGCCUGCCAAACGAGGGAAUGGACAAUGUGAUUUAUAUUGUGGAUUUCGGAUUAAGCCAGGUGCUUAAGGAUCAGGGAAAGGGAGUGUUCCUCUACAAUGAGAACAGCAUUGUAUGUCCAUCCGGCACGCCGCGCUACAUGUCGGUUUCCGCCCACAACGGAAAUGCGCUGUCAUAUCGAGAUGAUCUGGAAUCACUGGCAUAUGUCCUAGUCUACUUCCUUAAAGGGCGUCUGCCCUGGCAGGGUAUCCAUGAGAAAGACACGUCCAAGAAGAGCGCUAUUAUCAAAGCACGCAAAGCUGAAGAAGCAGCGGAGAGCAUCUGUUCUAACUGCCCCGAUGAAUUUGCUCAGCUGCUACGCUACUCACGUGCGCUCAAGUUCUACGAAGAGCCGGAUUACGUGUAUCUCAAGCAGUUAUUCCGUGACCUCUUAACCCGCACCCAGGCGCAGGAGCAAGCGCAGGCACUGGCGCACGCCAAAGCGGUGGCCGCGGCACAGGCUCAAGCCGGAACGCAAAAUCUCGCCGAGACGACGACCGAUAACACUUCCAGCAUCAGCAAAGAUUCCGGUAACCAUAGUGCCGCCGGUGAAGUGAUCAGCCAGAUCGGAGAGAUCCCCGAGGAGGGUGGGGCACCGUCCGAGUUAAAGGUCACUGUGGAAACCGGCUUCGAUUGGGUGGGAAAAAAUCUGAAGAUCCGCAAAGAACCCACCCGGCAUCCGAUCUUACCACGCGCUGAAUUCCAGAAAAAAGUCAGCGUUCCGUCGCUGCAGCUGGAGCCUGCACAAUCUCCGGUACCGCAACAGGUGCAAUCCAGUCGUGAUAAUCGUCUUCUCAACGCCCAGCGUAAGUCCGCACACCAGCUGACAAUCAACAGUAAUCGCUCGCCCAGCAAUUCCCGUUUUGCUCAACCCCCGCCCAUCCGGCAUUCACCUUCAGUACCGCACGUCUUUGUCAACAGUCAGCCGGGACCGGAAACAAAGGUCACAGAUACCGGUCUCUCGCCCAGUCACGGUAACAGCGCGCCAAAACAUUCCGGUGCCAGUAGUCGGACGGCCAAUCAGCAGCUGAAAGUGCCCUUAGCCCAGUCGGUUAAAUCGGCCGAAUCCGCGCUCUCUAUCUCGGUGACCCUGUCCACACGUUCCGAUGCGCAACAGCGCUCGCCGCGUAUCACACGGAACUCCAUCGAAUUAUCGCUGAGUGAUGAUGACAGCGAUGACGCCACACCGUCAUCGUCGCCUUCACAUGGCCAACCCAAAAUCGAUAUUAAUAAAACCCCGUUGAAAAUUCCACGGGUGGGCGCGGUUGUGCCGCAUCCUUCACAACAACCCCAAUUAAAGCUAAACAAUAACCAUUCCGUGCCGCCGCCAUCUGGCACAGGCACCGAACGAACGCGAAAAGUCUCGGUGUUCAACCAUCCAACAACGACAUCGUUAUUGAAGCCGGGAGAUUCAACCGGCAGUCUGUCAUCACAAGAAGACAUUCUAACGGUGAACAAUCAGUCGUCGAUGAUUUCCCUGAACCUCUCCACAUUUCCGAAAAGCCCGCUAACGCGCUCGGUGUCACAGCCGGUACCGCGACCGGCAGCUUACCAUUCACCCAGCGAGAGCGAGAUUGACACUGACAGGCAACCGGCGCCGAAGGUCACGGAAUUACCCGGUAAGCAAUCGGAUCGCAGUCUUUCAAAGAAAGCCGAACAAAAGUCGGCAUCACCGGUCCGCGACCAGAAGACCGAUCUGCCCAGUGGGAAAACACCGGUUGUAUUGUCUGGCAAAGAGAAUAGUCCGGCUCCGGUAACACGCCAACCGCUGUCAUCACGGCAUGACGUGACAACUGCGACGACGCCAAAAUCUGCUAACGGAACAGCCAGCCCGCAGGCGACGGCACGCUCCCGCUCAAGCAGUCCGAAUAAGGGUGUAAAGUUGGCACGAGCGGGAUUACGGUAUGGCAGUGGAGAUGCCGGGAAGCCGGAGACGCCGCGGGCAGACAAUGUCACGGCAUCGACGACGGGCUUAAAGCAGCGCAGUAAUGCCGCGACAGGAAGCGCGUCGGUACUAAAGAAUGCCAUGAUCAAUAAUCCUUCCGCCGGGGCUAAUAAGACCCUGCACCGCAUUAACCCAAUUGAUGUCCAAGUGGAUGAAGAACCAAUGAUACUGCCAUCGGCAACUUGUUUUGCCUGGUUGAAACGCCGCACGCGUUGCGGCGGCAAUAACAAACGGAGUUCACGGAUAUCCGCAGAUAAUUCCGCGCCGCUUGUGCACUCUAAACAACCCUUCUCCGCUCUUCCUAUGCGCGGCACCAUUCCCAGUGCGUCAAUUGUGACCACCAGCACCAUCGCCACCAAUAAAUUACAGCCGGUCAACGGUUUGGUUGAAAAGAAUCCAACGCUGCCCAACACACCGUUGAGUACCAGGGUGGCCAGUAGCCGCGGUACUUCCGCUCACCGAAGUGCAAAAACAAAGGUCGGCUAAACGAAGACUUGCGUGUACGGCCAAGACCACUCGGACUGCGCAUGGUGACCUUUAUACCGGACACUGGGAUAUGGAACGCAGAAUACAUUCGGCGAUCUCGGUUGCAGCAAUAGUUAUGGAUUUUUGAAAAUAGCCAUCAAGCAGCACUAACGCAAGAAGCAGCAUCUACGCGGUGCUCGGCCGACUGAUCAAAACUUCCGUUCCAGAUUUAUUUGUUAGAAUGAUUUAUAUAUUUUCAUGCAAAGUCUUUCAUUUAUCAAAGUCCCGAUUACUGUAAUUAUACGAGACACUGCACUUCUUCUGGCGAUAAUUUUGGAAUGCAGUAUUGUGACGUCCUCGUAUUUAGGGACGCGAUGCAAUAAUAUCUACGUAAUUCUUUUGCGGUAUUCGCUCACGAGUCUUGUAAAUUCCCCGGUAUAAAAUACGAGAUUAUUUACGAGUAGUAAUGCACCUGGUACUCAGCAGUAAUUUCUUUGCUUUGCUUAUUCUUUGCACGCGUAUAUUACGCUGAUCUUUCACAAUGUGAUCUGCAUUCUUGAGUAUGAUGUUAUAUCCUUUGACGAAUCAAACGGAGCUUCUGUUGAUUAAAU